AAAGAUUGGAAUAUCACCGAUAAGACUGAUCCCAAGUCUAAGAACGCCUGUUGUAGUGCUUGGGAGGAAGGGGACUGUCUGGUGAUCGCCGCAAAGGCUAAAUGUAGUGCCGAUGAAGUGACACAUUUUCAGACAUAUAUCCAGACACUGUUUGCUGACGAAGAGAAGGAGAACUGCCAAAAGUACCCGUAUCACUCCAAAGAGUGCAAAUUAACUAGAAACUUAUAGUAAUUGAACUUGAUAUUUGCAAAGUAAAUGAUUUAUACCC